GCCGCGGCUCUGCCUCUCUGGCGCCUCCUCAGCCAGGCGAGGCUACGCGAGGCGGGAGCGAGCCAGGGAAACGGGGCCUCGGAAGCGGCCGCGGCGGCGGGCGAUGGCCGGGGGAGAAGAAGGGAGCCCCAGGCCCCACGAGGCCUCGCCGCCCCGCGCUCCGCCAGAAACGGCGCCCGGCGAGGCCGAGCGCGAGGCCGGCGUUGGAAGUUCCCGGCGCCUUCCUCCGCCGCGUUUGCCCCGGCUGGGCCUGGCCUUGGCGCUGGUGGCGGCCCUGCUGGCCGCGAAGUACUAUCGGGACUCGGAGGUGGCCCGGCGGCAGGAGACAGCCCUGAAAUCUUUGGGAAACGAAGGUCUUUUCCUGUUUGCGUCCCUGGAUACGAACAAUGACCUGUACAUCAGUCCUGAGGAGUUCAAACCAAUUGCAGAGAAGCUAACUGGCAUUGCUCCAGUAACUGGGAUUGAGGAAGAAGAGGUAUUGGAUCCCAAUGGGGAGACUCUUUCUAUCAUUGCAAAAUUCCAGCCCUUGCUUAUGGAAACAAUGACAAAGAGCAAAGACGGUUUCCUUGGAAUUUCUCACAUUGCCCUUUCUGGGCUUCGCAACUGGACGGCUCCGGCUUCCCCUCUGAGCUUGAUGUUCGCCCAGCAAUUCAAGGCCUUCCUUCCGCCAAAGAAUAAACUGGAACUUGCUGAUCCUUGGUGGGUGAUUCCCAGUGAGCUGAACAUCUUUACUGGGUACCUUCCCAACAACCGUUUCUACCCUCCGGCCCCCAAGGGGAAAGAGGUCAUCAUUCACAAACUCUUGAGUAUGUUCCACCCCCGGCCGUUUGUGAAAACUCGGUUUGCCCCUCAAGGAGCCGUGGCCUGCAUCCAAGCUGUUGCCGAGUUCUACUACAAGAUAGCCUUCAGGAUCCAUGCAGAGUUCCAGUUAAAUGAGCCUCCCGAUUUCCCCUUCUGGUUUUCCCCUGCCCAGUUCACAGGCUACGUUGUCCUCGCCAAGGACUCCUCCCACGUUCGAGAAUUCAAGCUGUUUGUUCCUAACAACAGGUCUCUCAAUGUAGACAUGGAGUGGCUCUAUGGUGCCUUGGAGAGCAGCAACAUGGAAGUAGAUAUUGGAUACUUACCUCAGAUGGAACUGGAGUCUUUGGGGCCCUCGGUCCCUUCUGUGAUUCACGACGAAAAUGGGAACAUGAUUGACAGCCGAGACUCAGAAGGAGAACCAAUUCAGUUCAUAUUUGAAGAAAUUACCUGGCAGCAAGAAAUAAGCUGGGGAGAGGCUGCCAGCAAACUGGAAGUUGCCAUGUAUCCGUUUAAGAAAGUUUCCUACCUUCCCUUUACUGAAGCUUUUGAGAGAGCAAAAUCUGAGAGUAAACUGGUGCACUCCAUACUGUUGUGGGGAGCCCUGGAUGAUCAGUCAUGCUGAGGUUCAGGGCGAACUCUCCGGGAAACAGUCCUGGAAAGUUCGCCCAUCCUCGCCUUCCUGAAUGAGAGUUUCAUCAGCACCUGGUCUCUGGUGAAGGAGCUGGAGGAUUUGCAGGCUAAGAGAGAGAACGAGAUCAACAGCAAACUCGCAGACCUGCACCUUGAAAAGUAUAACUUCCCCGUGGAGAUAAUGAUCUGUCUGCCCAAUGGCACUGUGGUCCACCACAUCAAUGCCAACUACUUCCUGGAUAUUACUUCUAUGAAGCCCGAAGAAGCUGAGAGCAGCAUCUUUAGUUUCUCUGCCAGUUUUGAAGAUCCCUCAACAGCAACUUACCUCCAGUUCCUGAAAGAAGGACUUCAGAGAGCAAAGCCUUUCUUGCAGGCCUAAACAGAGAAGCAACCCAAUGCCCUCCUAUUGAUCACCAAAGACACAGGAGUUCUUGUUUCUGGCACUCUUUGAGCUCAUGCAGGACACACUACUGAAUAGUAAA